UCUUGUUUUUCAUUUGUGAAAUUUUCUGAUUUGUUUUUUUUGUGUUUUAUUGAAUUUCUCACCUCAAUAUACUUUAAAUUCAAUCAACUAUAAUGUCAAACGUUCAAGCUAUCGAUGGCGUUGUUUUUUGUAGGAAUUUCGUCAAUAAAGGUUACUGUUAUGGACUUGGCUGUAAAUUUCUACACGAAAAUAGAGAUGUCGAGAGACAAUACAAAAGGACUGGUAAAUUACCGAUUGAUCUGGCUCGGGAAUGGAUGAGUACGCAAGAAAAAUUAGCUGAACGGAAUUCCAAUAUUUGCCAAGAUCAGCUGCAAUCCAAAUGUUUCCGACAAAAUUGCAAGUUUGGCAUCCAUCAUGUCUUUAGGACUGACAUGGACGCUGGAAACAUUGUCGAGUUUUCAUUCAGGCCCGGCCCUAACAUGGUUGACUACAUCCAAAAUAUUUAUGGGGAUACAAAACCUUGGUCUUCGGAUGUUUUAUGUCACAUCCGAACACCUUUUCCAUUGCUUGCUGAGCACAUCAUAAAUGUUCUGAGACCAUUCAGGAUUACUGGAAACCAGGUCUCAUUUAUGUACAAUGGACAGAAAAUAUUACACACAGAUACCAAUAUCACACCUCUAUCAUUAGAUAUUGGUAAUGGUGUUGAUGUUUUCGUUGAUAUUGUUUUCGCAAAAAAUUCACUAGUUUAAAUUGAAGGUGUUAUUUCUUUUCUCGAUUGUUCUUGAUUCGUGAUCAAGUUUGGAUUUUUAUUUUCGAAAUAAAAAUAAACUUCAAUCAGUUAAUCUGGUCCAAGAUUAAAGCUCAAUUGGUGAAUUCUG